CCAGGCUUGUAUUAAAAUCUUAGAAGACCAUUCUGAAGGUGUUCAAUGUUUAGCAUUGGGCAAAACAACUUUAGUGUCAGGGAGCUGGGAUAAAUCUAUAAUCAUUUAUGAUAUCACAAAAGAUUAUAAUAUUAAACACAAACUCUCUGGACAUAUGGCUGGAAUCAUAUCCUUAGAAAUAUGCUCCAACGAAACUUUUCUCUUUUCUGGAUCCGUUGACAAAACAAUUCGAAUAUGGAAUCUUAAUACCGGCGAAUGCUUGCAUCGAUUGUAUGGCCAUGACGGAACUGUAGGGGCUUUAAAGCUAAUACCUAAAUCACUUACGCUCUCUACUGAUGAUCAAGAGGUUCAAUAUUGGCUUGUAUCCGGUUCGAAUGACACAAGUAUUAUUGUAUGGGAUCUCGAUCAAUCGUGCCUAAUCCAAUCAUCAACUCCAUCAAAAAAACCUCAAAUUGUUAAAAGAAUGAUGGGGCAUACCAGGGCUGUAACUUGUUUAACCUGGCAUGAAGAUAUUAUCAAACAGAUCAUUGAACACAAUCAAAGACAUUUCGAUUCACCGAAUCCAAUUCAUAUUAAUACUAUGCAAUUAUUAUCUAGCUCGUCUAGUUCGUCUCCUCAAUCAAAUAUUAAUGAAGAUAAUGAAAGUGACGAAAAUAAUAUGGAUCUUGAUUCUAAUGUAUCAUGUUACGAUCAAGAUACAAAUAAUGAUCACAAUGAAAAUCUUCGCCAAAAUUUUCACAAUCGUUUCAAUUCGCAAAAUUCUUUAUUACCUACGAAUAAUACUGUACCUUCACCUCCCCUUAGCCCUAAUACUGAUAUCAUGCAAAUAAGUGAUUCAGAUAAACCAUUAAAAACAAUACCUAUUUUUUCUGCUUCUGCUGACUCAACAAUUCGCAUGUGGGACAUUUUGAUUGGAAAACCUCUUCUCUAUACUAAUGAUCAUAAUGAUACAGUAUGGGAAAUUCAAUGUAAUUCAUCGCGUCUCGUUUCUAUAUCCUCCGAUGGACUUAUUAAAACGCGUAAAUGGCGAUGUAAUCAUAGCCAUAUUGAAAACCAACAAAUAGGAUUUGACUCAUUAAUAACUACGGAAAUCCAACCGUGCCUUAAAAUUUCUUGUCCCGCAAUAACACUUACUCGAGUUGAUCGCGGCGUUACGUGUUUCAAAAUGACGCAUGAAUGGUUGGUCUGUGGAACAGAAGAUGGCGUCUUAAUAGCUCUGAAAUUCUUUUAA